CGUGACGCUACUCCACUACCAGUCUACCCCGUCGUUAAAACUUUGGACAAAAUUCAAGAAUUCAGUUCAAAAUCAAAACCCCUCCCUUAUCCACUCUCAAGACAAUGUCCCUCUUCUUCCCUCACGCUUCUUCUACCUUGAACCCGCUCUCUCCUUGCCGGCAAAAUGUCAUCGUUCUCUCAGUACGCGCCUCGGUGUCGGUGCCGGAGAGGAAAUCGAGGAGGAGAAGGAAGCACCAGAAGGACAAUGACUCAGCCGCUUCUUCGGCAUCGGCUACGGAGAAGAACCUCCGCUUCGUGUUCAUGGAGGAGCUCAUGGACCGAGCAAGGAAACGCGAUGCCACUGGCGUAUCCGACGUUAUAUACGACAUGGUCGCCGCCGGAUUGACUCCAGGGCCCCGCUCCUUCCACGGCUUGAUAGUCGCUCACUCCCUCAACGGCGACCUCCAAGGCUCGAUGCAAUCAUUGAGGAGGGAAUUGAGUGCAGGUCUUCGCCCUCUACACGAGACAUUUGUAGCAUUGAUUCGGUUGUUCGGCUCUAAAGGCGAAGCUACUAGAGGCUUCGAAAUCCUCGCUGCCAUGGAGAAGUUAAAUUAUGACGUUCGCCAAGCUUGGCUUGUUCUUGUUGAGGAGCUUGUUAGGAAUAAUUUCUUGGAAGAUGCCAAUCAAGUGUUCUUGAAGGGCGCCAAAGGUGGUCUGAAAGCUACUGAUGAGUUGUAUGAUUUAUUAAUUGAGGUGGACUGUAAAGUCGGGGAUCAUUCUAAUGCUCUAGAUAUUGCCUAUGAAAUGGAGGCAGCUGGUCGGAUGGCCACAACCAAGCAUUUCAAUUGUCUUCUUAGUGUUCAGGCUACUUGCGGAAUUCCUGAAAUUGCUUUUGCAACGUUUGAGAACAUGGAAUAUGGAGGAGAAGAUUACAUGAAGCCCAAUACAGAGACAUAUAACUGGGUGAUCCAGGCAUAUACAAGGGCUGAAUCUUAUGACAGGGUGCAAGAUGUUGCUGAGUUACUUGGGAUGAUGGUUGAAGAUCAUAAAAGAUUGCAGCCUAAUGUCAAAACUUAUGCGCUACUAGUGGAAUGCUUCACCAAAUAUUGUGAAGUACGUGAAGCUAUUCGGCAUUUUCGUGCACUUAAAAACCUUGAAGGGGGCACAAAAGCUUUACAUAAUGAUGGGAAUUUUGGGGAUCCUCUUUCUUUAUAUCUGCGGGCAUUAUGUAGAGAAGGAAGGGUCGUUGAAUUGCUAGAAGCUUUGGAGGUCAUGGCCAAAGAUAACCAACCUAUUCCAUCGAGAGCCAUGAUCUUGAGCAAAAAAUAUCGGACGUUAGUUAGCUCAUGGAUCGAGCCUUUACAGGAAGAAGCUGAUAUUGGACGUGAGAUCGACUAUGUUGCUAGGUAUAUCUCAGAAGGCGGGCUCACCGGGGAGCGGAAGCGAUGGGUACCUCGAAGGGGAAAAACUCCUCUAGAUCCUGAUGCUCAUGGGUUUAUAUAUUCUAAUCCUAUGGAAACAUCUUUUAAGCAAAGAUGUCUCGAGAAUUUGAAGAUUCACCACCGAAAGCUUCUGAAGACAUUACAUAAUGAAGGACUUGCUGCUUUGGGAGAUGCAUCUGAAUCUGAUUAUAUAAGGGUGGUGGAGAGACUAAAGAAGAUUAUUAAAGGUCCCGACCAGACUGUUCCGAAGCCCAAAGCUGCUAGUAAGAUGAUAGUAUCUGAACUAAAGGAAGAACUAGAAGCCCAGGAGCUGCCAACUGAUGGAACAAGAAAUAUACUUUACCAGCGUGUGCAAAAAGCCCGGAGAAUCAAUCGCUCUCGUGGCCGGCCUCUAUGGGUCCCUCCUGUGGAGGAGGAGGAAGAGGAGGUUGACGAAGAUCUAGAUGAACUUAUAUCAAGGAUUAGGCUGGAAGAAGGAAACACAGAAUUUUGGAAACGUCGGUUUCUUGGAGAAGGAUUAAAUAAUGAUCAUGUUAAGACUAGAGACACGAAUGAACUAGAAGUUCCUGAUGAAGUGGAUGAUGUGGAUGCUGUGGAUGAUGCCGGAAAAGAGGUAGACGAUGAUGAAGUUGAUGAAGCUGAUGAAGAGGUGGAAGUAGGGCAAGCCGAGAGCGAAGAUGGCAACAUGCUUAUUAAGGCCAAGGAAGUUGAGGCAAAGAAGCCUCUUCAAAUGAUUGGAGUCCAGUUGUUGAAAGAUUCUGAUCAAGCAACUACCAGAUUAAAAAAGUCAAGAAGACGAUCUUCUCGAAUACAAGUUGAGGAUGAUGAUGAUGAUGAUUGGUUUCCUGAAGAUAUAGUGGAGGCAUUUAAGGAGUUGAGGAAACGGAAAGUGUUUGAUGUAGAAGACAUGUAUACAAUAGCUGAUGCAUGGGGCUGGACAUGGGAGAAAGAACUGAGGAAUAGAGCUCCUAAAAAAUGGUCACAGGAAUGGGAAGUUGAGUUGGCGAUUAAAAUAAUGCUCAAGGUGAUAGAAUUGGGUGGAACACCCACUAUUGGAGAUUGUGCAAUGAUACUGCGUGCUGCUAUUAGGGCCCCUAUGCCUACUGCUUUCUUGAAGAUCUUGCAGACGACACACAGUCUUGGCUAUGUGUUUGGACCUCCUCUUUAUGAUGAAAUAAUCUUGUUGUGCCUCGAUCUCGGGGAGCUAGAUGCCGCGAUUGCAAUUGUUGCGGACAUGGAAACAACUGGAAUCAAGGUCCCGGACGAAACCCUGGACAGGGUUAUUUCUGCUAGACAGGUUGACAAUGCUGCUGUUGAUGGUGCACCAUCGUAGUUGUAAGUCUAUUCCUACCCUCCUCCUGCUGUAUAGUUGACUCACAAACCACAUGCAGCAUGUCAUGUGGCCAUGCUGCUGACAAGAAGUUUUGUAACAUUUACUUUUUUAAUUAAAAUUUUGCAUCUCAA